UGCCAGAUUUCUACCUAUUGAGAAUCCGUAUUUUCUUGGUAUUUUAAUAAUUUUAAUAUUCAUUUUCUAUCUAGGUAGUUCAUUUUAUUUACCAUGAAAACAUAGAUUAAAAUGUGCUUAUGAGUAUUUAUUUUAUUUAUUAUUUGAUGACGAACGAAAUUAUACAAAAGUAGAAACAUGAGUGUGUUUAAAUCAGCAAUGGGGUACUUCAGCUCUGGAGGUGCCAACGGAGGCAGUGAUAAUGAUUUUGUUGGUCAAUUUGUUGAAAUAGGAAACAUGAAAUUAAGAGUAAAAAAAGUCAUAGCAGAGGGUGGGUUCGCAUUUGUAUUUGUAGCUCAAGAUGUUUCAACUGGAACUGAAUAUGCCUUAAAAAGACUUAUGGCUGCCGAUGAGCAAGCCAAUAAGAAUAUAAUACAAGAGAUAAGUAUACUAAAAAAACUGUCCGGACACCCCAAUGUAAUUAAAUAUAUAGCUGCUUCUUUUAUUGAUAAGUCGAAGACCUCACACGGCAUGAGCGAAUAUUUGUUGCUCACCGACCUCUGCAGCGGAGGAAGUCUGAUGGAAGCCUUACAGAACAGGGGGCAGGCAUUCCCGUUGUCGACUAUAUUAAGAGUAUUCUAUCAGACUUGCAGAGCUGUACAACACAUGCACGCUCAAGUGCCUCCAAUAGCUCAUCGUGAUCUCAAACUAGAAAAUUUCUUAAUAUCCAACGAAGGUACAAUAAAACUAUGUGACUUUGGAUCAGCCACAACUGAUGUUUUCGCACCUAAUCCAUCCUGGAGCGCCAACCAAAGAAACAUGUUAGAAGAAAAUCUGGCCCAAUUCACAACUCCCAUGUAUAGAGCCCCAGAAAUGUUGGAUACUUGGGACAAUCGGAAAAUCGAUCAUGCAGUUGAUGUGUGGGCGCUAGGUUGUAUAUUGUACACUUUAUGCUUCAUGCAACAUCCAUUUGAAGAUUCCGCAAAGUUGGCCAUCCUAAAUGGAAACUACAAUUUAAACCCAAAUGAUCAAAAGUACAAGUGCUUCCAUGAAAUAAUACAUGGUUGUCUAACAGUGAACCCUGAGAUGCGUCUAACGAUAAGCAGUAUUCUGGAGCGGCUGGCGGCGAUAGCGGAGUCCAACAACAUCAACCUCAAGCAACCACUCAAAUUUGAGCGUAAAAAAGUUGAACAAUCUGUGGCCACUAGCUCGCCAGCGAACAACGGUGCGAAUAUCCAAGAGACGGCCAAUCCGCGGCCGCCGGAGCCCGCGCGCCCGCCGCCGCCGCGCCCCGCCCCCGCGCCGCGCCCCGCCCCCGCGCCGCACGCGCCGCAGUACGCCGCACCGGCAUCGGGCGGACUGUUCUCUUCCAUCAAAGAUGGCGCCGGCAGCUUCCUAAAAAACUUAAAGGAUACAUCGUCUAAAGUCAUGCAAACUGUUCAGCAAUCCAUAGCUCGAGCCGAUUUGGACAUAAGUUACAUUACCAGCAGAGUGGUUGUGAUGUCGUACCCGUCAGAGUUGUUGGAGAGUGCUUAUAAAACGAAUCACAUUGAAGAUGUUAAACUAUAUCUCGAGAGUCACCAUCCGGGCGGAGCCUACUGCGUGUACGCAACUGACACGCGCGCCCGCUUCCCGCGCCGCCAACUCGUAGCGGACGCGGGGGUGUGGCCAGACGAGCGCCGCGCGCCGCUCCUCGCGCCGUGUUACGCGUUCCUACAGAACAUGUAUCAGUACCUCGCUAAGGACGAUAAAAGCGCGCUUGUUAUUGCGUGCCAGGACGGCAAAUCGCGCUCCUGUAUGCUGCUGUGUGGGCUGCUGCUGUACGCUAAGCUGGUGUCCGUGCCGGAGGACGCGCUACAGAUAUUCGCGGUCAAGCGGACACCCAUCAACCUGCCGCCGAGCCAGCUGCGAUACUUGUACUACCUCAGCAAGAUUAUAAGGCCAGAGCCCAUCCUACCACACUUCAGGCCUGUUUCUCUAGUCUCAAUCACCAUACAACCAGUGCCGCUAUUUACCAAAGCAAGGGAUGGAUGCAGGCCGUACCUAGAAGUAUACAAUGAAGACAGGAUCGUGUCCCCACCGAUAAGAGGCUACGAGAGCUUGCACGUGUACAACAUGGCCGAGGGAAAGGUGACUCUACCGCUGGACAGCACCGUAGUGGGUGACGUCACAAUAGCGGUGUACCACGCGCGCCAGCAGCUGGGCCGGCCGCAGCGCGUGCCCAUGCUCUCCGUCUCCUUUCACACCGGUUUCCUGCAGUACGACCAGCACGCCAUCAAGUUCACCAGGUCAGAGAUCGACGGUAUAGACGAGUCGGGACCGGUGAACGAUCACUUCUCGUCGAACGUGUCGGUAGUGAUAAGCCUGGUGGUCCAGAACGGCGAGCGGCGCAAACCGCGCAGCGACCUGUGGGAGGAGGACCACUCGUAUCCCGUGCGGACCCCAGACGUGCUCUUCUCCACUACGCUGGAGAGAGAUGAAACUAUUGAUAACUUUGCUAAUAUCCGAAGAAACCCACCCGUACCGCCAACAAUAACCGCAGAGUAUCCGCCAAAAGAAGAGAAGCGUCCGCCGUCCCGGCCGGCCCCGCCCACUCCGCACCGCCCACCGCCCCCACAGGUUGCGCCGCAACCGCAACCCGCACCACAACCGCAACCGGACACCGCCGACUUCCUCAACCUCGGCGCGGCGAAACCGUCCGCUGCACCGCAACCGGAAAAGAAACCGGCCGAGAAGCUCAAGAAUCAAGAUUCCUUCGAUUUCUUCGGCAUGAUGGAGAAAGUCAAAGAUGAUACGUUUGGCGACUUCCUAAGCGGCGGACAGGUCGCUGACAACCCGCAGCCGUUCACAUCGGAGCCAAUAUUCGGCGACCUCCCCGCGCCGCCUGCCCCUGCCAACGUCACCUCGAGCGAUAUCAACUUCGAUCCGUUCGGCCUGAACGACCCGCUGCCCAAACAGGAGCCACUACUUGCUCCCCAAGCGCCGCAGCCUGUUAAAGAAGAGACACGACCAGCAGACGCAGCAAGCGAGCGGCGCGAUCCGUUCGCCGAGCUGCUGGGUGAGCCGCUCGGCCCCUCCCCCCGCCCCUCGCCGCGCGCCUCCCCCGCGCACACGCCGCACUCCGCCGCCGGCACGCCCGCACGCUCGCCCGCACACCAACCCGGCCCUGACUACAGUCGUGCCCACUUCGACGCCGCUAAACCUCAGGAAGAGAAACCUAAGAAAUCAGCGGAUGUAUUUGGUGAUUUACUCGGCAGUCAGGGCUACGAUUUUGCCAAGCGCGAAACGGGCCCUAAAACUAUCAACGCCAUGAGAAAAGAGGAGAUGGUCAAAGAAAUGGACCCUGAGAAACUAAAGAUACAUGAAUGGACGGAAGGUAAAAAGGCGAAUAUCCGUGCGUUGCUGUGCUCGCUGCAUACGGUGGUAUGGGAGGACUGUCGUUGGACGCGCUGCGACAUGUCGCAACUUGUGUCCGCCGCCGACGUCAAGAAAAACUAUAGGAAAGCCUGCCUCGCAGUACAUCCAGACAAGCAAAUGGGAACACCAAAUGAGAACUUAGCUAAAAUGAUAUUCAUGGAGUUGAACAACGCCUGGAGCGAUUUUGAGAAUGAUUCUAAACAACAGAACCUGUUUCAAUCUUAAUGCGAAUAGAUAGGUAUGGAGUUAUACAAUUAAAAACACUCACUAGCUUAGAUUUCAACGCUUUCUACUACUUAAGUAUAA